GUUUUAGUCAGCGAGUUCACGUUAGUGAGUAGUGACAGCUGGCACGUUGUUUUAGUAUAUUAGGUAUUAUUUUUUUGAGUUUUGAUUUCGAAAUCAUAGAUUUAUCUAUGGUUUAAUGGUUUAGACAUCGGAACGGAUAUUCUGAAUGAUUUUCAAUAGUUCCCGUGUUUUAUUUGGAAUUGGAACAGUUGCACAAAAGAGUUUGUUCAGUCGUAGAAACAUAAAAAUGAACCAAAUCGAACGAAUUAUUUCCAACAACGUAGCAGCUGAGCAACUUCUAGAAUCACUAAAGGAGGAGCUCAAAGUUCUUAAGAAUCAGAAAGCUGCUAGUCGUAUUGAAAAACUGAAAAUAGAAAAUGAUGCAUUAAGAAAACAAGUCGAAGUUGCACGUAUGAAACUGAUCGAAUUAGAAAUUAAAAACGGUAAACCGCAGAUUCCAAUACCUGGUCAAGAAACCCUUUAUGUUACACCUGUGGUAGUCAAGGAGCAAUCUAAACAGGAGAUAUCGUCUUCAGCUGAAAAAUAUGACAAUGACUCUCAAACUCUAAAGGAAAAGAAACAGAAAAAGGAUAAACCCAAAGGAGAUUUAAAAUCUGUUUCGAAUCCGGUUGUUGAUGAGCCUCCGAUCGACGUGGGAAGGUUGGAUAUGCGAGUUGGCAAAAUAGUAGAAGUAUCUCGUCAUCCGGAUGCCGACAGUUUAUAUCUAGAAAAAAUUGACUGUGGAGAAUCUUCUCCGCGAACUAUUAUAUCUGGAUUGGUCAAAUUUGUUCCCGUUGAUGAAAUGCAAAAUCGACUAGUCGUAGUUUUAUGUAAUCUUAAACCGGCGAAAAUGCGAGGAAUACUCUCAGAAGGAAUGGUAAUGUGUGCUUCAUCGGCGGAAAAAGUGGAAAUUCUUACACCACCCGAAGGAUCUGUUCCGGGAGAUUUGGUUCAUGUAGAGGGUUUUACACGGGCUCCUGAUUCAGUAAUGAAUCCCAAGAAAAAAAUUUUCGAGACCGUGGCACCUGAUCUACAUACUAAUGAUCAGCUAAUUGCGUGCUAUAAACAAGGUGCUUUUAUGAUUCCUGGCAAAGGAGUUGUUAAAGCUCAAACACUCAAGAAUGUUGCUGUGAAAUAGUGGAACGAAAAUCAACGGAAGCAAAAUAAUAAAGUUUAUCGGUUUUGUUUUGAACUUAUUCCGAGGAACUAAAUGCAUUGUUUUGUUUUGUAAAAAUAAACUAAAAAAGUAAAAUUA